AUGUCGAAUAUGGACAGCUUCCCCGGUGGGGAGGCAAUUGCCGUGUCGUAUCUUCCGGGCUUCAUCUUUCUUUCCUAUGUCAUCAGCGUUAUGGGUUGCAUAACGACGCUAGAGCUUCUUCAUCGACGAACAUCUACGGCAGGUUUUUACAACUGGUACCUGCUACUCACGUCUGCGAUCUCGAUGGGAGGCAUCGGCAUUUGGUGCAUGCAUUUCAUCGGGAACCGUGCCAUUGUCCUCGGCAACGGAGACAACAGCGUUCAGGUUCUCUAUAGCAUGUCAUUCACCGGAGUCUCUUUCGUUCUUCCGGUGGUUGUUCUGCUCGCGGCCUUCUAUGCAGCUGGUACUAGCGAGAAGGCGGGAUACACCAGAAUCUCUAUAGGAGGAGUAUUGACAGGAGGAUCAGUGUGCGGCAUGCAUUAUGUUGGUCAGCUGGGCAUCACCAACUACAAAUGCAAAUACGCUGCUGGGAAUGUUGCUGGCUCUGCUGUGAUCGCGGUGUUUGCCAGUGUUGCAGCGCUCGGUAUAUUCUUUCGAUGGAGAGCUUCAUGGACGAACCGCUGGUGGAGGCGAAUGGUCUGCGGCGGUCUGCUGGCUUUGGCUGUGUCUGGCAUGCACUGGACUGCUGCAGUCGGGACAACUUACAAAGAACAUGAUCCAUCUGCAGGUCGAGGCGGCCAGUUAUCCCGGACUCAAACAGUCAUAAUAUGCUCUGUGCUGUCCUGUGUCGCCUGUGGGAUCUUGUCAGCAUGCGCUAUAACGGCCAGCGGCGAUCAUAGACGGCUGAGAACACAGGCUCAACAGCUGGUUCUGGCCUCUGUUUUCUUUGACCCUGAAGGUCGGAUUAUGGUUACACCACAUGCUCUUCUUCCUACUAGGAAGAUAGUCGACCGGUAUAUCGGCAAGACCUUCAGCGACGAUGAUCUCACCCGGACACACCCUGCGUUUCUAUGGGCUUUUCGAGCAAGCAGAAACUGGAAUCUCAUAAAAGAGGUUGUCCCCUACAUGCGAGAUAGGAUUGAGAUAGACGAUGCCGCGCACCAGCGGUAUAUGGCUAAGGGUAUAGACCCUGACCAAGAAGUCGAGGUCUCUGCCGGCUUUGACGAGAUGUUCAAGCGUCAUUUCUGUGUGGCGGCUAACGAUCUUGCUGACCAAGUUCGUCAACCGUUGGAUGAUCUGGGUAUGCUGUACGAUGAUGUUUUGACCACCUCUCUUCCCUCGUCACGGUUCUCCCGCGCCAUGGGAUACUCAAGGUUGCGUGCCGGGAAAGGCCAGUUGAUGUUCACGGUCCGCCAGUUGAGAAAACAAGAAGCCUCUCGGCUUUCAGCCUCAGGUUUCAGGUUUGCUGCAAUUGAGAAUGUCUCUACUCUCCUUUCCGAUCGCAUGAACGUCGCAUCAGGAGCGCUGGAAGUUCACCUCAAGGAUAUGCGCGACUUUGCUGCAUCUGGUCGGAACUAUGAAGCUGGCGUCCACGUUGUUUCGUUUAUCACUCGGCCUACGGUACAUGAUCGGUUUGAAGUAUUAACUGCCAAAGGAAUGGGCAAUCCACUACCAUCGAUGACUCUGAAGACGAAGCGCCUGCUAGUACCCCAUCUGGAACUGAUCUCGCAUAUGGAGGGCUGGCCAAUCUCUACUUGUAUCGACUGGCUGAGCUCUGAAAAGGCCAAAAGUUACAAGGGCGCUGACGAGUUCCGCGAAGAUUUGAGCCGUGCAAUGACAGAUCUCGCUAUUUCCCUCCCACCAGACCUCAAUUCUGCAUCUCGUUUCUCGCCACGACCCUUCAUCGCUCCAUGCCGCAGCACAAGAAUCUCCGACGACAAGACAUGCAUGCUCCUCGCCUUCUGCACAGUGGGAUCCCUCAGCACCCGUGUCACAAACCCAGACUACACCUUUACUCCCCUCCGCCUCUUCCGCAUCCAGCAACAGGUUAACAGCGGCGCUACCGACGUCGACGGCCUCGCGCGUGAGCUCAGCAAAGGCCUUCUCUACUCAACCAUUCGCUCCAACUCCGCCACCGAGUCCGAAAUGGCUCCUUCAAUUCGUCAUAUCCUCAACCUCAACCUUUGGUCGUCGCGCAAACGGCCAAGCGAUCGCAGCACACGUGCUCUAUCAUCCCAGGAGACUCUCACGGAUAGCACGCCCCUAGGCGACAUUAUUGUCCAGAAAGAAGUCAAGGUCGACGUGGUGAGGAUAGCGGACCCUGCUACUGAGGCGGCGCUGGGAAGACAGACAUCUGUCACCGUUGUCGAAGCCGGUGACUCAGCUGCGCAGACUUAUGUUGAUGAGCUGUAUAACCUCUGCUACGCGCCUGGGAUGCGUGUACGCCCUGGCUCGGAUCCUUGA